AUGGUCACCAGAAUUGCUAAACCAAAGGUCUUGUUAACUUGCGACAUUCCUGAACAUAUCCCAGAAUAUCAAGAGUUCCAAAAGUACUUUGACGUUGUGCAUCUCCAUAAUCCUUCCAGACAACAGCUCAUCCAUGCUUUCAAGAACGAAUUAAGUGAUAUCCAGGCAAUUUAUUCGGGUUGGGAUGGGCUCAGCAAUAUUAAACAUUUUGAUGAGGAAAUGAUUCAAAACUCCCCAGAAUCCCUCAAGAUCAUCAGCAUUGGCUCUGUUGGCCACGAUAACUACGAUUCCAAAGCUAUGAGAUCCCUUCGAAACAUUCAUUUGACCAACGUUCCUUCUUUGGACUCUAGUGAUGGUGAUGUUGCUGACGCAGCAUUGUAUUUCACGUUGUCGACUUUCCGUCAUUUCCAAACUUUUGAAAAAUCAUUAAAGGAAUCCGGCACAACUUUGGCUGCUAGAGAAGAUCUCCAUGCCACCGAUUACGAUUACACUAAUGGUAGAGGUGGUGCUGAAAAAUUAUCAGGGUUUGCCUUUGGUCACAUUUCUGGUGGCAAAAAUGUCAACUCCCCUAGAGGCAAGAAUGCCGCCAUCAUUGGGUUCGGAGCUAUCGGUAGAGCGGUUGGUGACAGAUUGAGUGCCAUUGGUAUGAAUAUUCAUUACACAAAAAGAACUCCGUUGCCAAAAUCUCAAUUACCAAAACAUUACAUCGCCACCCAUCAUGAUUCUCUUGAAUCGAUAUUACCAAUUGCCGACGUGGUGGUGUUAUGUGUUCCAGGCACCCCAGAAAAUAGACAUUUGAUCAACGAGAAAACCAUUGCUCUCUUGCCAAGUCAAGGGUCAAGAAUCAUCAAUGUUGGUAGAGGCUCUUUAAUUGAUGAGGCUGCUCUUAUCAGAGGUUUGCAAAAUGGUAAGGUUAUCAGUGCUGGGUUGGACGUGUUUGAAAAUGAACCAUUUGUGAAUGCUGAACUAUUGAAGAGAGACGAUGUAAUUCUGACACCUCAUUGUGGUUCAUCCACCCUUGAGGUGUAUGAAUUCGGAGCUGUUUCUGCAAUGAAACAAAUUUUUGAAGCUUUAUUGCUCAACAAAGCUCCAGAAAAUUUAGUCAACUAG